UAGCAACGUGAUACCUCUAAACCAUUUUUUUGUCGAGCUGAAUAAGUAUCAACGGCCAACGCUAUCUGUUGAUUUUAGACUGAAACAAUUUAUGGGGAGCAAGUAUGACCAACUUUUAAAAACCCCUCCCAAUGAAAAAGAAUGUGUAAUCGAAGGCUUGUCAGUAGCGGAUAAACAAAUUGACAAAAGUAAUUCUUUUGAGAAUGAUAUCACUACAAACCCGAUGCGAUCAAAAGACAAGCCAUUCACUGUCUUUAUGUAUCACCAGAAUGUUCACCUAGUUUUGCUCAUGUACCUGCGUUAUAUUAACCAUUUCGUGGCAAAGAAGUUAAACGAAUCCUUUCAAUGCGAUUGGCUAGACAAGAAUUUGGGAUUUGUCAUAUCAGCUGAAAAGAUGUUGUUGGAUGAAGUAUUCGGUUCAAAAAAGUACUUCGAAGAAAUAUUUUCUGAAAGUGGGAUGCUUCAAGAUAUAGAUCAAUGUAGAAAAGCACGAAUUGUGACUCGCGAAGAAGGUAUUUUACCCAUUAUUCAACAAAGCCUUGCUUUGUCUUUUCCGCUCAGAUCAUACUCUGCUAUUGUUCAGCUACAUACAGAAUAUAUCCAAAUAACAUUGCAUCAAGUCGUCAAGAUUAGGGAACCCUCGGGGGAUCUGAAAUAUGUUAAAGUUGGAGAUAAAAAAGUACUUUUAAAAAAUGUGUCCGAUAUUAUAGUACGCGAUAAAAUAAUCCCGACUCAAAAUGCAAAUGAUAGUAUAUGUAUUAAUAUCUUGAAUCAUAUUGAACGCUACGGUGUAAUUGAUCGCUGCAAGUCACAUAAAAAUGGAGGUGAUCCGUCAAAUAUUCUAUAUUUGCUUAAGGAUUAUAAAUCCGGAUUUAAAAAGCUAAAACAACAGAUCGUUGACAUUGUAUUAUCACUGCAACAAAAAAAUCUCAGCGACAUUGAUAAGCAGCAAAAAAUUAGUUUCGGCCAUAAGUGUAAUUGCUUUUUCUCUUUGUCUCCUCGAGAUAUCAUUGAUGUUGGAUUUAAGCCUACACUUCAAAAAAUAGCGACAACUAUCGUGGCCUCGUUAAUGAAUACAAGCUUAUUUGGGGACUACGGAGUGGAUUUUGUCUUUAUUUUUGGGGAUUUAUAUGAUUUGACAAGUGAUUCCAUGCUUCAUAAAAUAUAUACAAAUAUAUUACAACAAGCCAUCAUUGCUAGCAUUCAAACAAAACAGGUGCGCACUCGAGGAUUUGUUUUCAGGGAAUCUUUCAGUCAGUUAUCACAUGGAAUCACACAUGAACAAUUGCCGUUUAUGGGGGAUUGUCUCACCAUUGGUAAACUGCAUCAAGCAUGUAGUGAAACAUACGCAAUAUAUGUUGGGGCCUUGAAUGAACCAUUUGCCAGAGAGCAUAAUCUAUUUUGUGAAGACUAUAAAUAUGAUAACGAAAAUGCCGUCCUACGUAAAAAAUUUGCUAUGGUUAUUCUUCAAAAAGGGCAACCGAUUCCUAUAACAGGCUGCGUCAAGAAAUUUAAAAUGAACUUUGAAGAUGAAGACGAAAAUGGAUACAACUACGAGGUGUUAGAACUAGGUAAUAACUAAAACUUUUGAUCAACAGAAUCUCAAUGAUAACACUGUUUUAAUAUUAAACAGCUGUGAUAAAACUAAGAAAUUCAAAAAUACCACGAGGACUUAUUUCUUUGGGUGAUAUUUCCUACGAUAAAAUAUCUACUUUGAGUAUUGGCAGUGAGCAGCUGAUUACCGGGAUGUAUGUUUAUUUGGAAAUCCAGCCAAACAAUUACAAUUCUUCUCUUCAAUUUUCGCUCAGACUAAAUGGCUCCGACAAGGAAUGCCAUAACGACAACGGAUGUUUAGUUUUAGAGGAGCCGCUAACAGUUGCUUAUUUUUAAAACUUUUGCCCUUUAAUUUAAUUAUUUUUUUACAAAAAAAAAAAUAACGCAUAGCAGAAUAUUUUUCAUAAAUAAAUAUCAAAACUUUCCAGCUCUACAUUUUUUCAUAUUACACAC